AACGUAUAUACAUAUGUAUACAUAUAUAACUAUUUAGUCCAUGAAUGUUCUGUGAACUGCAAAAUAAAUAAGUUUAUAUGUACAUCAUUUUUACAAAAGACUCACUCAGGCGCAAUAGUUCCAAUCGAACUAUUAAAUUAUUCUUAUAUAAAUUUAAUCUUAUACGUCUACUAAAUGUUUACUAAACUUAGUCUAAAUUAGCUUGCCCAUUUAAGCAUAAAUAAAGCGUUGCUCUAAUGCAUACAGCCAGAUGAUGACUAUACUUUAAUAUAACUCUUAGGUCUAUACUAACUAGUCGACUUAAUUUGAUAAUAACAUUGUCAAUAAACAAUAAAAUAAAUUCAUAAAAUCAAUAACAAAAAUAAUUAUUCUAAUAAUAACACUGGCUUGUGCCAGUUCGAGCCCCGAAUAUUUGGUAAACCCCAAAACAUUUUUAAAACCAUUAAUUAUUAUUACCGCUUUGUUAAUGUGGAAACACAUAACUGUUAUUCGAACCGAUUCUCUUUUAAGAUUAGUGGUGGUCUUUUUAUUACCCUCUUUCUCCUUUCAUUCUCCUUUUCCACUUCUAUAUACUUCCGUUACUCGUAGAGUAUGAGGGUAUAGUAGAUUGGUGGAAAGGUAUGUAACAGGUAGAGUUUGUUUAACCAUAUAUACAUUUGGUUUUAAUUUCGAAAAUCUAUCAAAGCCCGACGACUAUAACAUAGAGCUGUCCUAGGCAAAUUAGUAGCUAAUUAAUUGACAAUCCAAGCUAUUUUUAUAAAUAUAUGUACAUAUAUGUAGAUGUAUACUUUUUGAAAGGGUAUAUAAAUUUGAUUUUUGGUAUUCUGUAUUCUAAGCCCGCAUUCCACCAUCAAUUUAUCCAUGGAUCAAUCAAGGCAACGCGCAAGCACACCCGUGGAGGAUGCGAAGCAGGAGCUGUCCGCUGUUUUUGCGGAAAUAAGCAUGCUGCCCCCCAGCAGCACCCCAGCGGAUCCCGCCAUUUCCUCCCCCUCUGCGGCAUUUUUACAAAUGCAGAAGGCGCUGUUUGACCAGGUCCAGAGCAGGGAGGAGCUAGAGUAAUGUGUUAUUUAGUAGAGGCAAACAAUAAACAAAGCACCCAGCAACCGAGCAAACAAAGUCAACCGGAACUCAGGCAAAAUAUCCAUAUUUUACAAACAGGAGGAGACAGAC